AUGAACGAUAUCCCACAGGUAGACCGCUUGAAACCCAGAACCCAACGCCAGCAGACCGUAUCAAACCCAGAACCCAACGCCAGCAGGCAGACCCAGAACCCAACGCCAGCAGGUAGACCCAGAACCCAACGCCAGCAGGCAGACCGCUCGAAACCCAGAACCCAACGCCAGCAGGUAGACCGCUCGAAACCCAGAACCCAACGCCAGCAGGUAGACCGCUCGAAACCCAGAACCCAACGCCAGCAGGUAGACCGCUCGAAACCCAGAACCCAACGCCAGCAGGCAGACCGCUCGAAACCCAGAACCCAACGCCAGCAGGCAGACCGCUCGAAACCCAGAACCCAACGCCAGCAGGCAGACCGUAUCAAACCCAAAACCCAACGUCAGCAGGUAGACCGUGUCAAUCCCAGAACCCAAUGCCAGCAGGUAGACCAUAUCAAACCCAGAACCCAACGCCAGCAGGUAGACCGUAUCAAACCCAGAACCCAACGCCAGCAGGUAGACCGUAUCAAUCCCAGAACCCAAUGCCAGCAGGUAGACUGUAUCAAACCCAGAACCCAAUCCGGCUCCAGCUCCGAUCGCCACAGGAGGAAACUUGCUUUUUGUUGUUUGGUACUUGCACACUCCAGCUGUUUUGAGAUGUUUCUUCAUCAACAAGUCGACCUCGUCCUCCUCACCUGCAGAGGUGUUCAAAGUGUGGCCUGCGGGCCAUUUGCAGUCCAUGUAGUGAUUUUUUUUGGCCCACGACUCCAAGAUGAUGCAAUUGAUCCCUGAAGUACAGUGGAGUAUUAUGGCCAUGCUAAGAAAAUGUGAAGAAUAUAAAUACUAGAAUAA